AUGGGAAGCGGAAAAAGUUCCACUGUCAACUCCAUCUUGGAUCGAAAGGUCUUUGACUUGAAGAUCGGCAGCACCUCGGUCACCCAGCGUUGUCGCAGGGUUGGUGGAGAAUUUCGUGGGAGACAACUGAUGCUCCUGGACACUCCGGGGUUGGUGAACACUCAUCAGACUCCACGGGAGGUGCAGAAGGAGUUGAGGAGGAUUGUUAGCCUCCUCUUUCCAGGGCCCCAUGCUUUCCUGAUUGUUAUUCAGAUUGGGAGGUUCACCCAGGAGGACAGGGAUGCGGUGCGGUGGAUCAAAGAGGCAAUGGACUCCCACGCUUUGAGUUUCUCUGUUGUGGUUUUUACCCACGGAGACCAUCUGGAUGGAGGGGCAACUGUGAAGCAAUGUCUGAUAGAUGGGUGUGGAGACCUGGCUGAGCUGGUGGCCAGAUGCGGGGGCAGGUAUUGUGUCUUCAACAACCAGAACUCCAAGAACAGGGAGCAGGUGUCCGAGCUGCUGGCCUUGGUGGAUGGCAUGAUGCAAGCAAAUGAAGAAAGCUGUUACACCAGCAAACUGCUCCACAAAGCAGAGGAGGAUCUGUGUCACCAGCUGCAGGAGGAGAAGGAGGAGGUGUUUAAAAAGAAGCAGGAGUAUAAAAGAAAGGUCAAGACAGCUCAGCUAAAAUGCAAGAGUGAAAUGGAGGAGCUGAAGAAAAACCAGGAACUUGAGAAGGAGAAGGUGGAAAAACUGGCAAGAGAUCAGGAGGGGACUUUUCGGCAAGAGAAGGAAGAGAAUGACAGGAAGGAGGAGGAGGACAAGAGGGAAGUUCUGAUAAAGUUUGAGAAACUUACUAAAAAGCUGGAGGAGCAUGUUGAGCGGGAGGUGGAAAUGAGAAGAUCAAUUGAGGAGAAGAUCCAAAAGGAUAAAGCAGAAAAUGAAAAGACAGUGAAAGAGAAGGAACUUGAGCAUAUACAGAGGGAGCAGGCCAUCAGGCAGAGGGAGGAAAUGAAGAGAGACGCCUUGCAGAAGGACUUGGAUAAACUCAUCCAGAGAUUGGAGGAGCAGAGCAGGAAGAAAAAACAAAUGGAAGAAACGUUUAGACAUGAGAGGGAGGAAAACCAGAGAGAAAGGUACUUACAGAUGGAAAAUCAGAGAGCGGAGAAGCGACAAACUGUGGCCCUUCAGCAGGAGUUACAACUCAUCAAAAUGGAGGUUGAGAAACAAAAAGUGACUGAAGAAAGCAUCAAGAGCCAGCUGGAGGACAACCUGCGAAGAGGAAGAGAAAAAUGUGACGAGGAAGAAAUGUCAGCGUUGAAGAAGCCGUGUGACAAGAAGUGUUUGGACACAAUUGUGAAGACGCCUGCAGAGAAACACAGCACAACGACAGCUGUGACCGGUUAUGUGCAAGAGAUGGGACUGUUGGGGCUGAACGUAGCUUUAGAGAGCAUUGGAGCUCCCUGCUCUAUACAAUAGGAGCACAAACAGGUCACAUUUAUCUCUUGAUAACUGUAUGUCUUUCAUCCAUGUGUUUGCCAUGACCUUAUUUACUUCUUAAUUCUUAGGAAUGUAGCCUAAACAUAUGAAUUGACUGUUAAAUUGCUAUUAUUUGAUCCAACCAUGAACUCACAGCAAUGGAAAGAAAAUAAAUUUAUGCCCAUUUGAAAGCAAUUUCAUUUCAACAAAUGGAUAUAAUUCCUUCGUGUGUCCUAAAUCAGUAAAAUGCACAAAAAUAGUACAAAAUCUCAAAAACGAUGGAGAUAAUCUGAUUAUGAGCUGCCCGCCCUCUGCCUGGGACUGCUGUCUUUGUCUCCAUCAUCUAAAUCUGUAUUCAAACAAAACCCUUGUGCCAUUAAUAAACAUUACUGUUUGUUA